CUUGCUAGCAGGAGAGGUGGAGAAGCCGGACUGGGGGAGGAUACCUGGAAGGGGAGAAGCCCAGUCUAGAACAUGGUGAUUUAUUUCCACAUUUUCCUUUAGAAACCACAUCAUUGAACGAUAAGCCCAGGGAGGAAAAUGGAGGUACACCAUCUCCAAGGUCUCACACUCGGUGAAGGAUCAGAGAGAGAAGAAAAAUCUCCUCACAUUCUCCAGGCUGGGAGUAUGAAGGAAAUCCUGGAAAGGAGACUGGGAGAUCCCAGUAAUCUCCAAGCCAAGGAGGACUCCUUUUCUCUUAUGCAGUGGGAAGCCCAGUGGCAGGAGUUCCUGAGAACAGUGGAAAACCCUCACUCUCGAUGGGGAAUCCCACACUUGUCAGAGAAGCCUUCACCUUGGGAGGACACCAAGGCCUUUCUGGUCUCCUUUGAGCAAGUGGCGCAUGCCUGUCAAUGGCCCAAAGAAGACUGGGUGACCCGACUCCGGCCAGCCCUCAGUGGGGAAGUUGAGCAGGCCUUUAACAGUCUGGAUGUCAGAGACAGAGAGGAUUAUGGGAAGGUGAAGGCAGCCAUCUUGAGAGGGGAUGCCCUAAGCCGGGAGAAGCAGCGUCAGCAGUUCAGGCAUUUCUGCUACCAGGAGGCCGAGGGCCCACGGGGGGCUUACAGCCAACUCCAAGAAAUGUGUCGUGCGUGGCUGAGAGUGGAGAACCACAGCAAGGAGCAGAUCCUGGAGCUCUUGAUUUUGGAGCAGCUGCUGACCGUCCUGCCCCCAGAGAUCCAGAACCAGGUCCGGGAAAGCGGCCCUGAGAGCUGCUCCCAGGCAGUGGCCCUGGCCGAGGAGUUCCUCUUAAGACAGGAGAAAGUGCCCUUGCAGGAGGAAGCUGGGAGCAUCGUCAAGGCAGGUCAGGCUCCAUCUGAGAGAGGGCAGAGGCAGCUCUGUAUAGAAACCAAAAAGGAGGCGGAUGAAGAUGCCCAUUUGCUGGCAGGAGAUGCACAGAAUUUUGAAGAGCAACAUCAGUUAUUAGAAAAAGCCAAGAAUGACGGGUUGAAAAGCAACUUCAGGAAUCAAGGUGGACCAAAGAGGCAGGAAGGAAGCCACAAAGUGGUGAAGAGGGAUAAACCCAUUCCAUGCCAAGGAGAGGACUUUUGCAAAUUCCCCAUCCAGCAAGAAAAACCAACCCAAAAGAGGAAGAACAAGGUCCUCAAUGGGCAUUUGGGAAGCCACAAAGGAGAGAAGAUGAACAAAAAUGUCAAGUUAGGAAAGAGCUUUGGUCAGAACACAAACAUUUCUACAUCUCUGACACUCCACACAGGGGAGAUGCUGUACAGCUGUUCAGACUGUAGCAAGAGUUUUAGGAACAAAUCCAAUUUCAUUAAACAUAAGGCAAUGCACACCACGGUGAAGCCAUACAGAUGUUCCGAAUGUGGAAAGAGCUUUGGACAGAGUGCAGGCCUGAUUUCCCAUGAACGGGUUCACACAGGAGAGAAACCAUACAGAUGCUCGGAGUGCGGAAAACGGUUCAGUCAUAAAUUGAGCCUUGAUAUCCAUGAGAGAGUCCACACGGGAGAGAAACCGUAUCAGUGCUCAGAAUGUGGGAAGAGCUUUUGUGAUAAAUCAAAUCUUACUAAGCACAAGAGAAUCCACACGGGCGAGAAACCAUAUCAGUGCUCAGAAUGUGGGAAGAGCUUCAAUCGGAGCACGGGCCUCACUUCACAUCAGAGAAUUCACACAAAAGAGAAGCCAUACGAAUGCUCUGAGUGUGGAAAGAGUUUCAGUCAGCGCGCAACCCUUAAUUCACAUCAGAGGAUUCAUGUGACAGAAAAAUUCCACACAAACCUCUCUGGACAAUUAGGUUGUCAAAUUGGGUUCUGGCCUUCUGAAGUUCAGCGAGCAGUCACAUGAAGGGCCUAGUGCCUCUUUUCUGCAGAUCUUGGCUAUGGAGGCCUACUAGCUUUCUCUUGAAGUUUAUGAAACUGGUACUCGCAAAAUCUAUGAGAGGCUCAGCUAGUUUGAGGAAACUGAAUAUCUCUGUGCUCUAUCUAUCGGGGGAAGUGGUUUAUUCGAUAGUUUUCAUUGCACAUUUUCUUUGAAUGCUUUAAAUAGUUUAGCUGUAUUUUUAUUAUUUAUAUGUUGCCUUGGGGAGCAAGAGGAA